UCAGCACUCUGCGACAUAUUACCGGACCAGUGAUAAGACAUCCUUCGCGGGGAACUGGCUGGCUGUCAGAAUCUAGAGAGCAUCAGAGGCGCUAUCUCGAACCAAUUGAAGAGGGAAAAGCAACGACUCGCAUGCUUGGCAUCGGGCGGCGUCCGAGAUAACGGCGAGGAUAUCGCAAUCGAUAAUGCGGAGAAAAUGUGGGGAACCGCGUGUUCGGCAUUCAAAACUGGUCGCCGCGCCGGUGAUAAAGAAAGUGUAUUCAAUAGCAAAGAAAACUUGUGUCUCUGUUCAGCCAUCAUGUCGACUAUUCACGGACUGUUUCGCUUGGCCCUGUUGCCUGUCCUUGCUUGGCUUCUUCUCCAGCAGAAAGCAUUCCCGUUACCUAAUUCACCGCAGAUUCAGCUAUACGUCUCAUGGCUUCCGGUCUCAAUCCAGAAUGUCAUUCUCGAUAGUCGACCUCGCAUCGCACUUCCCCAGGGGACUGUUGUAGGCAAUACAGUGCGAGACACACUCAAGCACCCCGUCGACGCUUUCCGCGGCAUCCGAUAUGCACUACCGCCAAUUGGUGAGAGACGGUUUCGUCGCGCGGAACCAAUUGGCCCUUCAGAGAGUGUUAUAGAAGCGACUCGAUUUGGACCAAGGUACGAAACUGGACCGUCUGAAGAGCCGAGGAGGCCAACUAACGGAGCAGAUGUCCUGGCAAGCAACUGCUACCAGUCAAAGGCGACACCGGAAACAGCGAAGAUUGUCUGACUGUCAACGUUUUCCGGCCACAUGGCGUCCAGGGCAAACUACCGGUCGCUGUUUACGUACAUGGUGGCGCGUAUAAUCGGGGAACCUGUAAGCCUCUGGCGAUCUGGCAAAUCAGAGAGGCUGACCAUGAUAGCGUCCAUGCAUAACACGGCCUCGAUGGUUGGCUGGUCCGAGCAACCCUUUAUCGGAGUUACUUUUAAUUACCGGUGAGCUCUCCCUCCCCAUGGUUAUCAGCGAUCAGACCACCAUG